AUGGAUAAAGUUCCAGAAGAAGUGAGAAACUAUUUGAUGGAAGCUCAUCAAUUGGCUGGUCAAUGGAGCCUUCCCAACAACCGUGGAGAUCAUACAAACUCCGAACCGAAUGAAAUCAAUUCAGUUGCAAUCAUUGGAAGUGGGACAAUGGGAAAAGCAAUGGCAAUUUGUUUUUGUUUGGCUGGAUUCGAAACUGUUAUGGUUGUGAGAAGCGAACAGAAAUGUUGGAAAGAGUUGGAAGACAUGUUUUCCAUCGAGAAAGCAUUCAAGAGAUUGAACGAUGCACGAAUUGAGAAGAUUAAAAGUAAACUUCAUAUCACUACUGAUCUUCAAAAGCUCAAAGAUAUCGAUUUGAUUGUGGAAUCCGUUUUCGAGGACAUGAAAUUGAAGAAGGAGCUGUUUACCACAUUGGAUGGAAUUUGUAAAUCAUCCUGCAUUUUCGGAACAAACACUUCUAGCUUAGACCUGGAUGAAAUCUCAUCAGUUCUUGGAGACCCAUCAAGACUUGUUGGACUUCACUUCUUUAAUCCUGCAAACGUCAUCCGAUUGGUAGAAGUCAUUUACGGAUCGAAGACCUCUCCGACUGCCAUUGCCACAGCUUUUCAAGCAUGCGAAUCUAUCAAAAAGCUUUCAGUUCUUGUCGGAAAUUGUCCAUCUUUUGUUUUCAAUCGUCUCCUUUAUGUUUAUUUCGAUCAAAGUCAGAAAUUGAUGUAUCAAUAUGGAUAUCUUCCACAUCAAAUUGACAAAAUUAUCACUAACUUUGGAUUCUUAAUGGGUCCAAUGACAGUAGCCGAUAUGAAUGGAUUCGAUGUUAUGGAGAAAUUAAAAAAGGAGAAUGGAAUUGAACCAAAUGCGCUUGAGAAAGAAAUGUGGAGACAAAAGAGAUUCGGAAGAAAGACCAACAGGGGCUUCUACAAGUACGACAAAAAAACCCAGAGAAAAGAAAUUGAUCCUGAAAUGGAAAAAUUAGUCCGUCAGUAUUCACAAAACGCCAAGAAGAAUAUUCAAAUCUUGAAUGACCAGGUAUUAUUAUUUCAGAGCUUCCAUAGAAAUUUUUGUUUUCAGGAUCUCAUAAAUUUCAUGUUAUACCCAACAGUAAAUGAAGGUUUCCGAUGCCUUGAGGAAGGAGUUAUCAGUCAUGAAAGUUUGAUUGAUAUCAUGUUCAUUCUCGGUUUCGGUUGGCCAAUCAACACAGGCGGUCCAAUGAGAUUUGGAAGAACUGAAGGUAUGGAAAAAGUUGCCAACACCCUACUCCAUUGGAAUACUCUGGAACCCAACGACCGUGCCUAUAUGGUUGCUGAAGAAUUAAAAAACAUUGAUAAGAAGAAUAUGUCGUCGAAAUUGUAA